AAAGGUAGAAAAAAGAAAUUUGUUGCUCAGCAUAAAGUGAGACAAGGUGGUGGAAAUAGGGUGGGAAGAGGUGAUCCAGUUGAUGGCAUGCAACAACUACCUAUUAGUGAUGACAGUGGCUCCUCUACAAAUGAAGAAGACAGGGAGUCUGAUUAUGCAGACAGUGAUGAUCUUGGUGCUUGGGAAUUAUAUUGGAAUUCAGAUGAUGAGGAUGACAUCUUUGUGCAACCGGAUCAUGUUGUUAGCAGAAAUGUCUACUAUAACCCAAAAUGGAAGGUCCCAUAUUUUGAUAUUGGGAUGAGGUUGAAAGAUGCAAAGCAAUUUAGAAUGGCAAUUUGUAAAUACUCCAUACAAAAGCAAGCUCAACUACAAAAGGUCAGGAAUGAACGUACUUGGGUGAGGUUCAAAUGCCAAACAGGGUGCAAAUGGGAGUUGUUUGCCUCUUAUGACCCAAAAUAUGAGUGUUUUGUGGUGAAGACAUACUAUAGGGAGCAUAGAUACUUCAAAUCUUAUGACAAUGAGCUUGUAACUUAUGAGGUUAUAGUAGAUAUUUUUAAAGGAAGGAUUUAUGAAGCACCAUUUACAAAGCCAUCUGAGGUUGUUAAGUGGUGCAAGGCUGAAAUUAAAGUGAACAUCACACUUGACAAGGUAGAAAAGGCAAGAAUUGGGAAGGAUGGGAACAACCAAAUGUUUCCAAUUGCUUGGGCAGUAAUGGAGUUUGAAUGUCUUGAGUCAUGGCAAUGGUUCUUUGAACUAUUGAAAACUGAUUUAGAUCUUGGCAGUGGUGCAAGCAUAACAGCUAUAAUAUCCACUGUAGAGUUAAUAUUACUCGAGGUUGAGCAUAGGCAUUGUGCAAGACAUAUUUAUUUCAAUUGGGCAAAGUUGGGUCAUAGAGAAAAGUGGCCUAAAAGUGAUGACAUUGCUCCUAGAAUCAAAAAAAAGGUUGAGGAACCAAAGGCAAAGUCACAGGGAUGUAGUGUGCAACCAAAUGGGGUUAAUGAGCUUGAGGUCAAUGAUGGUGGGGAUCAACAUGUUGUCAAAUUUAAUGAUAAAACUUGCACAUGCAGAUACUGGCAACUCUCAGGGGUUCCUUGCCCUCAUGCUUUGGCUUGCAUAAUGUACAAAAGGUGGAGCAUAGACGAUUACAUUUUAGAUUUUUAUAAGAAAGAAAAAUAUUUGGUUGCCUAUGCAUACCCUCUUCAACGCAUAAGGAAAGGGACAAAAGCAUGGAAGACUAUGGGUGAAGAAGAGUUGUUACCACCACCUGUUAAGAGCAUGCUAGGGAGGCUGAUGAAAAAGGGAAGAAGACAUAAACGUGAACCACAAAAGAUCAGGAAAAGGAAGCUUAGGAAGCUUACUGGAAGAAGGAGAAAAAUGACAUGCAAGGGUGUUGAUGCUGCUGCCAGUAGUGUGCCUACAAGACCUACCACAAGAAGGCAAUGAGAAGGCUUGAAAAUUGCUUUUUAAAUGGAAAUGCUUUUGUCAGUUUUUAUCUUUUUUGAAUAGUGGUGAUUUAGGGCUUUGGUUUAUUCAAAUUGUGAUCAAAUAGGUUAAACCAAUGCCAUGUCCUUAUCUAUAUUGCUUAUAUCAGUGAAUGACCAAAAACAACAAUGUAUAUGGUCAUAUGGAUUCUACAUUCUGUAUAUUUUGUAACAAUAAAUUGCAAAAACAACA